AUGGCCGAACCGCCGCCGCCCUCGCGCUCCAACACGCCCACCGUCGCCGCCAUGCGCCGCCCGCUCGAGGAAGAUCACGUGCCCGCCGUCUCGUCUCCGCUCAACCCCAACCCCAAUCUCCCGGAUGCGGCGACGCGUCCACGGCCACGGGUGCCGCCCCGCGAGCGCGAGCAGCGGGAAAAGCGCGAGACGCUCAAGAAGCGCGAGGCCUCGGGCAGCGGCCGGGCCAACACGCCCAACCCAAAGGCCAAGAAGGACGGGCGCCCGCCCGCGGACUCGCCCAUGCGCUACUCGAUCCCCGAGCCCAAGGCGGCCGACUACAACGCGCCCAAGGACGGCGUGUUCCUGUCGCGCGAGCCCCUCCCCCUGUAUGCCCCCGACGGGGCCACGGAGCUCAGGAAGCCGCACGACUACGCGUGGAACAAGAAGGGCUACAAGUACACCCACUGCGUCGCCGACCCGCUGUUCAGACACAAGCAGUACUACCGCCAGAGCGACUCGCGCCCGCAUGGCCCGCGCAUGAGCCACGAGGACUCGGACAAGUGGUUCUACUUCGACGACACCGCCACCGUGGUCUCGCAGGAGAAGGGCUGGCGCAUGGGCCGCGGCAACGUGGUCGCAAGGGAGGGCCGCAUCUACUACGAGGUCAAGGUGCUGCGCGGCAUCCCGCCACACGGGCCCAAGGACCCCGUCGACCCCCGCACCGGCGACACAAGACCCGGCCCGCACAUUCGCAUGGGCUGGGCGCGCCGAGAGGCUCCGCUCGACGGGCCCGUGGGCUUCGACGGCUACAGCUACGGCAUCACCGACGCCCGCUUCGAGGCACAGCACCGCUCGCGCGCCUCCAAGAUCUUCAACCCGCUGCCCAAGGGCGCCAAGAGCAAGCACAUGAAAGCCAGGCCGCCGCACGGCAAGCCCGUGCCCGUCGAGUAUGUGACCGACCAGCACAUCCAGGAAGGCGACGUCAUCGGCCUGGAGAUCCAGCUGCCCUCCCUCUCCAUGCACCGCAAGGUCGUCGAGGGCAUCUACAACCCCGCCGUCGACCUCGGCGACGGCUUCGACGCCGCCACCAACGCCGACCCCUUCGACCGCCCCCUCGACAUCAUCCGCGACCGCAUCCCCGUGCCCUACAAGGGCAACUUCUACUUCGAGCAGCUCGACUACCAAGUCACCAAGAUGGUCGAAGCCUACCACGACCGCGGCCCCGUCCCCAAGAUCCACCCCUCGCCGAACCACGAAGACGUCAGCGUCCGCUCCUUGCCGCAUUCGCACAUCAAGGUCUACAAGAACGGGCAGGAGGUCGGCAUUGCCUUUGAGAAUCUCCUCGCCUUCCUGCCGCCCGCCAGUGUGCCGUCGGUCGAGGCCGUCAAAGCGGGAGCGCGAACAGGCUUCGACGACGGCAUGGUUGGCUAUCUCCCCGCCAUCUCCGUCUUCAACGGCGGCAUCGCCCAGGUGAACAUGGGCCCACACUUUUGGUGUCCACCCGAGGAGAUGAAGAAGCAACAGCAGCGCGACACGCAAAUGGCCGACGGCGACCCCUCACACAAGCCCGUCCCGGACGGUCGAAGGCUGCGCGCCAUUGGCGAGCGCUACAAGGAGCAGAUUGCCGAGGAUAUUGUCUGGGACAUCAUCGACGAGGUCGACUUCUUCUCCCAGGACGGCGGGUGGGAGUACAAGGGCGAGGCACCGCAGGACGUCAAGGGGAGUGCCACGCCUAGGGCGCGUGGUUUUGCGAAUCCAGACGAGAAUCUGGGCGUCGAGGUGGGGAGGCGAUACUGA